AUGCUCGCCUACAAAGCUCUCUCCGCUUAUCUCACCUUCCCCAACAAAGAUCAGAAGCAAUGGUGGGAAGACACGGCACCAUUAUAUGCGGGAUUCCUGAAUGUGGCUCAAUAUGAUCUUGAGGCCCAGUUCAUACACCUGUUAUUCCAUUUGCGAUACGUGCUCCCAUCCCUUGGGCCCUUCCCACAACAUGGAGAAAAGCGUACCAACACCGUGAUGCCGAGCGGUCGAUUGUUCGAGAUCAGUCUGAAUUUCCAGAAGGGUCGGUCCACCGUUCGGUUCGAUUUCGAGCCUGUGACAUGCACCGCAAAUUUAGUGCAAGAAAAGGAUCGGUUCAACUUGAGCGCCAUGGAGGACCUUCUUUCCGACCUCAAAUCCAACCGACUGAGUCCAAAUACCAUUCUAUAUGACCGUUUCCAGGGAGAAUUUUCUUUGUCGCCCGAAGAUCUGUCUCUGGUCAGAACGAAAAAUGCCUCGACAAAUGCGUCACAAAUUCCCACGACCCAAUAUGUUGUCGCGUGGGAUCUCAAUGGAUCGGAUCGGAGAAUGAAGAUUUACUGGUUCCCAGCAGCCAAAGCAUUGGCAGCUGGUCAAUCAAGGGGAGAAUUCACAUUUGAUGCCAUCCGUCGAGUGGACUUGGAGCGGCGUUAUACAGAUUCCCUUCUCAAAGUGGAGCAAUACCUAUCAGCCACGGCGCUGGAUAAUGAUCUUUGGAUUCUUUCAUGGGACUGCGAGAGCCCGGGGUCUUCUCGACUGAAACUGUACGUCUCCGCAGGGAAUAUCACGCUAGAGAGUCUGGAGGAUGUCUGGACAUUAGGUGGCAGAGUGACGACUGCUUCUACUCUGGAAGGAUUGGCACUUCUACAAGAACUUUGGAAGGCACUCAGGCAAACCGACAACGAUACGGGCAUUCGAAUGACCAUCAGCUAUGAGCUCGUCCCGGGCAGUGAUACUCCACAGCCAAAGGCGUAUAUUCCUUUGUUUGAUAGGAAUGAUAUGGAGGUGGCCAAGACAUUGUCUCGCUUCUUCGAACGACUUGGAUGGACGGAGCUAGCUCACUCCUACACAGGGAAUCUAUCCUCGAACUAG